GUACAUUCACAAGCGCAGUAGCAGUUUUACGCUCCACCCGAUUCGCCGCGAGCGUAAACGUGUUCCGCGCGUCGUCUCUCUCGCAGUUUCUGCUGCCUCUACUUAGGCAUGCAAACGAGUGCCUACACAUGUCUGUGUGUGUGCGAGUGAACGUCGUUCGUGUAUAACCGAGCGUAUAACAGUGUUUUUAGUAUUCGCGCACACCCGAGCUAUGUGUCAUUAGGUUGUACACAAUAAUACACUCACACAUACGUACGCUCGGCCGUCAUUAAGACGAAGCUCGUGCAUGGCAGUGAGAGAAAGAGAGAGAGAGAGAGAGCGCAAGAGGCCAAAGAAAAUAAGAGUAUAAGCCUCCUUUUGUAGAUAAAGGAUAUAGACGAGACGUCUGCAUCGUGUAUGUACUGCAGCAUUAGUACGACUGCAAUCCCGACUCGUGGAUGCUGCUGCUGCUGUUGCCGAGUGCUGCUUUGAGCGAGAAAAAAAGACCCAAGGUUAAGUGUGCUGCUGCUGCUGCUGCUGUGCAGGCCUUGAUCGCCUCGAUGUAUUCUCUUUGCCUCUACUGACAGAACGCCGUUUUUAGAAGAGGAAACGAGUCGCGCGCCGCGACUCAGCCACCCGAAAUCGAAAUUAAUAAUAUAAGAAAGAACGGAGUGUUUCGGGUUGCUGCAGCACAGCAGCAGCAACAACAACAACAACAACAACAACAUGUCAAAGAACGAUGGCCCGAAACUCGUCGUAGCGCUCUUUACGUUCAAGGGAAAAAAUAACGACGAGCUGUGUUUCAAAAAAGGGGACAUAAUAACCAUAACACAACUGGAAGAUGGAGGUUGGUGGGAAGGAACCCUUAAUGAUAAAACAGGAUGGUUUCCAUGCAAUUAUGUUCAAGAGUACAAAGCUUCAGAUUCAGGAUCAUCAUCAAGUAAAUUGUCACCAGAAAAAAAUUCACCAGAAUCUCCGGUAUAUCCAGCUUUUAAUAGAGACAUUGUUUUAAAAGAUAUUGUGGAUUCAGAAAAAGCAAAUGUUGCAGAGUUGCAAAACUUAUAUAGUCACUUUUUACAUCCAUUAGAAACAGCCAAUAUAUUACAGAAAGAGGAGUACAGACAACUAGUUGGAAAUUUUCCGGAUGUUUUGGAAACUCAUCAGUACCUAUUAGCUAAUUUAGAGAAUGCUCUAUCCCAAGGACCAGAGGCUAAAGUAGGAAACAUAUUUUUAACUUUGGCACCUAAAAUAAAAUCUAUUCACACAACUUAUUGUACUUAUCAUCCUCAAGCAGUUUGUAUAUUAGAUCGCUUUAGGGAUGAAUUGAAUGAUUAUAUGGAACGUAGUGGAGCUAUAACUCCAGGAAUAUUAGUCUUAACUACAGGCCUUAGUAAACCAUUCAGAAGACUGGAUAAAUAUUCCUCUAUGCUUCAAGAAUUAGAGCGUCAUACAGAAAAAAAUCAUCCUGACAGGGGUGAUACUCAACGUAGUGUUAGUGUAUAUAGAGAAAUAGCAGACUGUUGUGUAACAAUAAGAAAGCAACGAGAAUUAGCUCUACAAAUUUUAAUAGGUGGGAUUAAAGGAUGGGAAGGCGAGGAAUUGUGUGCACUGGGAGAUAUAAUUCACGUUGGACCCGUUAUCCUUAUAUCUGGAGCUGAUAGAAGAGAUAGAUAUUUUGUAUUAUUUCAUAAGACUUUAUUAGUGCUUAGUACAAGCUCACGGAUGAGUUCGUUUAUAUAUGAGGGACAACUUCCCCUGACUGGUAUAAAUAUUGUACCUUUGGAACAAUCGGACGAAUUGAGAAAUGCCUUUGAGAUAUCUGGUCCGAUGAUCGAGCCGAUCACAGUGCUGUGCCCGAGCCGCGACGAGCGUCAGCACUGGAUGGAGCUGAUCGCGCCGGAGCAGCACCUGACCUCGCCAAGCAGCCACGCCAACGCCGCCGUCGCCACCGCCACCGCCACCAACAACAGCAGCACGACGACUCCGACGACGAUGUCGAGCUUCUCUCGCAACAAGAGCGGCAGCGCCAGCAUGAUCCACCGGAGCGCGAGCGGGGGCAGCUUCGCCCGCUCGACGCCGGCCACCUCGUCCCUGACCCACGUGAGUUGUUGUCGUUACGCUCGUCCCCCCUACACUAGGCUAUCGCGUUACUUCGCCCGGCUCGUGCGCAAGCGGCUGCUCCAGCCGGAGCUGCUCAAGCGCCUGCUCUACCUCGAGUAUCUCGUGCGGCCGGACACGCAGUCGGUGCGCAUGAGGCGCCAGUGCCUCGUCACGUACUCGCUCGAGGCGAUCGCGCAGGCCACGACCUCGACCCCCGCGGAGCCCGUCGCGGUGAGGCUGCCGCUGACCUCGUCCUCCUCUUCCACGCCGGCGACCGGCUCGCUGCUGUCCAAGUCCACGUCCUCCUGCCUCAGACCCGGCCGCAAGUCAUCGAGCAUCAAGCUCGACGUCAUGUACGUGCUGGACGACGCCGCCGCCGAGCCGACACCCGCAGUUGCUUCUGCUGCUGCCCCGAGCACGGCCUCGAUGGCCGUUUACAGUAUGGAGCCGCCCCACGUCAUGCCCGAGCUGACUCAUCGCAGUCUGCCGCCCAGGGUCACCGAGUCCAACUGCUGCGUGCCGAAUUUCGACUCGGUGCCCUACAGACAGCUCAGAUCUGGCGAGAUCAAUCUCUGCGAUAACGCGUCCGACGACUCGAAGAAUUGGAAGUCACUGGGCAAGAGUCAACAGCAGCAGCUACAGCAGACCCGCCGGGCCGAGGCCUCGCUCAGAUCUUCGGAUUCUGGCAUGGCCGACAGCUUUCAGUAUCAUUCGGGCCACGAGCUUGGCUCGAGCUACGCCAAGUUCGCCGGCAUACACAGCGAGAGCGAGAUCGACGAGAACAAGUUCGCCGAUCAGUGCAUAUGCAGCUCGCCGUUCGGCUCGACGCCGCGUCGUUGCAGCGCCGCGACGCCCGCGACGACCUCGACCUCGACCACGUCUUCCUCGACGCCGUCCUCGUCGGCGGCCGAUUACAAGUCACUGCUGCUGCUGAACGACGAGAGCGAAAACGAAAACGACGACGACGAUGAUGACGAUGACGACGAUAACGACAACAGCAGCGAAAGCAGUGGUCGUCGACGUAACAGCAGUAGUAGCAGCAGCAGCAGCGGUGACGAGGACGACGACAGCAGUGCCGAUGACGCGGUCGACGGAGGCAAGAACAAGUGUACCUGCAGACCGGAAUUGAGAAGUAGAUUCGAGAACAUGACGCUCGUACAGAGAAAGCAUCUGACGCAACCGAUUUCCGAGCCGAAAGUUAAAAAGUACAAAAGACCGCUGGGUCAUCAUCGCACUAGAGUGAAAAAGCAAGAGACGACGACUCAUCUUCACGUGAUCGUUGCCGAGGAGGAGGAGGAGGAAGAGGACGACGGCGACCAAGCUGACCCGGAUAAAAGGCAGCAGCAGACCUUCACCUCGGGAUUGUACGCGCAUUGGUGGCUGAAGAAACCCUUGCCCAUCGAUACCGACAACGCCAGUACCGAUGCGGCUACUACUACUGCGCCGCAAGAACGAGUCCACAAGCCAGAGCCUAAAGCUAGCAGCUGCGGCGGCGGCAGCAACGGCGGCAGCGGCAACGGCCAAUUCGAGCCCCGUGACACCGGAGCACCGCUCCUUGUCGUCGCCGGCAAACACGAUUAACAGCAGCCCUGGAGCGUGGCCUCCCUCAGACCCGCGCCACCGAUUUAUUGUCUCGGGUUCAAUGGAAUGAGUAAAAAUGCCGUGGCUGGAAAAAACGACGCUACCGAUGGCAAUCAUACUUUGAAUAAACCUCACAAUGAACGUCAGUUCGAAGAAGAUGCUUUAAUCUUGCGAGUGAUAGAAGGAUACUGUAUGUCAGCGAAUGCCAGAUUUACGUUGAAUUCUGCCAUUGUGGAUUUCGAGCCACCACAAAAGGUAAACGAUAGAACAUCAAUAGCAAAUAGUAGAGUUGGAAAUAGUGAAACAGUUGAUGACAGGUACCUCUCGGAAACUGUUAAAAUCCUGAAGGGGCAAAUGAUGGAUAUCCAGACUCAGGUUGCGCAGUUGUGUAAGCAGCUGGAGGAAGAGCGAAAGUCUCGUCUGUCGCUGGCUGCAACUGUAAAGCGUAGUAUGGCCGUCAUUGACGGCACGGUGCCUUAGUCAUUUGUUAUAAUGUGAUGACUUAUUUGAGAAUGUAAAUGAAAGUAUGUAUCCGUUUUACUAUAAUCAAUUACAUGCAUUCUAUGAAUGCUUAUUAACGUGACACAUCAGGUACAAAUGAUAUGUCUACUUGAUAAAUAUAAUGCAAAGUGUGUCUAAAAAUUUAACAAUGAAAACGUCUUGAUAACAUAAUAUUAAAGAUGUUCAUCUUAUCACGAUGUUAAAUUUAUCUAUAGCAAUGUUACGAUUUUUAUAAUUAAUUAUUUAAUUAAAAGAUAAAAAUUGAUCACUUGAAUUGUACAAAAAAUUGAAUUAUCUUUAUAAAUAAAAUAAUAAAUUUAACCACAAGUGAUAUAGAUAAUAGUACCUUUUUUGACAAAAAUGACAAUUGUGAUGCAACAGUUUUGAAAAUUCACAAGACUUGAUAAAAUGAUAAAGGAUAAAA